AUGGCAUCGAUCGGAAAUUGGUUGCGCGUCGUACAGACGGAAAAGGACCGUAUAAGCGAGCUGGAGAGUGACUUCGAAUAUCGGCAGCGAUGGAUCACGAUAAGAUUAGUGUAUCUAAGUGGAUUUUUAAUGUUUCUGUCGUUUGGCGUGGUGACAACGGGGCUCUGGCCCUACCUACAAGACAUGGAUCCGACGGUUGGGAAACCUUUUCUGAGUGUCGUUUUUGCGGCACCACCGGCUGGUCAGCUAAUUUUUAGUCCGCUUAUCGGCUGGUGCUCGAACCGAUUAUCAUCAAUCCGAGUGCCGUUUGUUUUACUAACAGCUUUGUUUGUGUUUGCCAACGCACUGUACAGCAUCGUGGAGCUUUUUCCAACGCCACAUCGGAAGUACGUCCUGCUGUGCUCGAGAUUUGUCUUUGGCAUAUCGACAUCAAUUAAUACUCUAAGCCGAGCGUACAUUUCGACCGCCACCAAGCUGUCCGAACGCACGGGUGCCAUCUCGAUGAGCUCGUUGGCUCAGACCUUCGGGCUUGCAAUCGGCCCCAUCAUCCAGGCGGGACUAUCAGCGAUCGGCAAGGAGGGAUUGAUGUGGUACGGUUUGCGGAUUAACAUGUACACCAUGGCGGGUUGGAUUUGUGCGAUCGGUGGAGUAGCUUACAUCGUACUUCUGAAUCCGUCCUGCUUUGUUCAUCGCACUAUUGCUGCCCAGGAAGCAAUGAAAACCACAGGACGCAGCAAAGCGGCAGACACGUACGAACCGUUGAAAAUGUUCUCCAUCUGGACGGUCAUGAUCGGCUACAGUGUGCUGAUGUUUUUCUACGUAUCUGUUCAAACGGCCCUUUCACCGAUAUCGCUUGAUCAGUUCGGAUGGAGCCACGAGGAAUCUCUGUACUACUUGGGAAUUUUAAUGACCGGCGGAACUUUAUGCUCAUGCGCAGUGUUCCUACUGUUGCCCCAGUUAUGCAAACGGUUUCAAGAGCACAAUGUGUUUCUGUUUUUUGCCAUUUUGCCGCUCUUUAUCAGUCAAGUGGUAAUGAUACCGAUAGGUAGCAAAACAAUCCCGAUGUCUAGUUCCUCUGCUAACGGAACCACCGUUGGCGGUUGCCCCGUGGAACAGGAAUGGUGUAAUUUCAUCCCUCCGAUCAAUCAAUAUCAAUUAACCGUUUCGUACACCAUGUUGUGUAUAUCGUUUUCGGUUGGAAUAGCGAUUAGUCAAACAAUUUUAUCAAAAUUGCUGGGCACACGGCCGCAGGGUAACUGGAUGGCGCUGUACACAAGCAUCGGUGGUGUAACGCGCAUAAUAGGGCCGGCGGCCGUGGUAGUGUACGUACGCUUUGGCACGUACUGGUUGUUUGGGCUGGGCACAUUCAUUUCCGGAUUAAUGCUCGUUUGGAUGUGGUACCACAAGGGUAGUUUACGAACGUCUAAAAAAUUAAUCCAAACGACAGAGAUGCAACAAAUGAGAGUGGUCGAAUGA